AUGGCUUCGAAGCGACAGGUGCAGUUUGCGCAGGCGGAGGCUCCCAGGUUUCGACGGGUGACGUGGUAUAGGGACAGUGGUCUAAUCAGACUCUACCUCUGCUGCGCUGUUACCUGCCUGGCUUCUGCGACGACGGGCUACGAUGGGUCCAUGUUAAAUAGUCUUCAAAAUCUGGACUCAUGGAGGGACUACUUCAACGACCCCUCGGGCAGUCUGCUUGGACUCUACGGCAGCAUCUUCUCGAUCGGAUCCCUGUGCGGUCUGCCAUUCGCGCCCUACAUCGCAGAUCGCUGGGGACGAAAACCGACCAUCUGGGCAGGAUGCAUGGUACUGUUCCUCGGGGUUGCAGUGCAGGCCGCAUCGAUCGACUUUCGGAUGUUCAUCAUUGCACGCUUCUUUGUAGGCUUCGGAUGCACUCUCGCCCAGCUCGCCUCGCCGCUGCUGCUUACGGAGAUUGCGCACCCGCAGCAUCGUGGUAGGGUAACGGCAGUGUACAACUGUUUGUGGAACUUCGGCGCCAUCAUUGCAACUUGGUUGACCUUUGGAACUGGACAUAUCCCUAACCAUUGGGCAUGGAGAAUUCCUUCCAUCAUUCAAGCUUUCCCGUCCCUCUUCCAGGCAAUUUUUCUCCUGUGGGUGCCGGAGUCACCCAGAUGGCUGAUCGCCCAAGACCGAGCGCACGAGGCUCUCCAUAUCCUAGCGAAGUACCACGCGAACGGCGACCAGCUAGACCCGACGGUGAUGUUCGAGUACGCCGAGAUCAAAGAGACGAUUCGUCUCGAAUACUUGAUCAAGAAGCAAACCAGCUUCUUGGACUUUCUCAAGACUCGAGGGAACCGUUAUCGCCUCUGCCUCAUUCUCUCGCUCGGCUUGUUCUCCCAGUGGUCCGGCGGAGGGCUGGUGGCCUACUAUUUCCGACAGAUCAUGCUAUCCAUUGGGCAGAAGAACGAGAACACGAUAUUCGAGAUCAACGGCUCGUUGAACAUACUCUCGCUUCUGGUGUCUGUGGGCUGCGCCUUCCUCGUGGACAAGGUCGGAAGACGGCCGCUGUUCUUGAUCUCCACCUCCUGCAUGCUGGUAAUCUAUGUCAUCUGGACGCUCUGCACCGCCCUGUACCAGACGGACGAUAACGAAGUCGCCGGGAAGACGGUCAUCGCGAUGAUCUUCCUCUACUCCAUCUCCUACGCCGUUGCCUGGAGCGGUUUGCUCGUGGCCUACACAGUCGAGAUAUUGCCCUUCAAGCUGCGCGCCAAAGGUCUCAUGUUGAUGAACCUGUUCGUCCAGGUCGCACUCGUCUUCAACCAAUACGUCAACCCCGUCGGCCUUAAGCAAUUCCGACCGCAAACCUGGAAAUUCCUCCUCAUCUACUGCUGCAUCCUCGCCGUCGAACUCGCCAUCAUCGCCUGGUUCUACGUCGAAACCAAAGGCCCCACGCUGGAAGAAAUCGCCAAGAUCUUCGAUGGCGACCGCGCGGAAACCGGCAUCGCGAACCUCCACGACGUGAAAGCGGACAUGCGCGUGCAAGACGUGAUGGACAAAUUUGGCACAUUCACCCGAGUGGAAUCUGUACCCAUGGAAGACCGCAGCGGGAGGAGGAGAGAUUUGGAGCGGCUGGACAGCGGAGGUAGUGAGAGGAGUUGGGCGUACGGGGAGAAGCCGAAGGCGCGGAUUGAGCGGGUGCCGACGACGCCGAGGAGGACGGGGAGUGGGAAUGAGACGUUGCUGCCGCAGAGCCCGACGAUGGUGGAGCGGUGGGAUGUUGUGAGGAAUCCGCGGAGGGGGCCGACGGGGAGGGACGAGGACUCGUUUUGA